CCAUGCGCCAUUGGGAGGGCCGCAGUGGGUGCUCUGUGCCCUUGUUGCCGAGGGCUUCUUCCUGGGUCAUUCCUGGAGCAAGGCCGGACGGGGGCUGACACCCGGGCUCCCGCGUGGCCCUGUCGGCGCGUGUGUGACUUCCUCGCCGGCGGGAUGUGGCGACUACGCCGGGCCGCCGUGGCCUGUGAGGUCUGCCAAUACUUAGUGAAACAUAGCUCUGGAAUCAAAGGAAGCUUACCACUACAAAAACUGCAUCUGGUUUCAAGAAGUAUUUAUCAUUCACACCAUCCUACCUUAAAGCUUCAAAGACCCCAAUUCAGGACAUCAUUUCAUCAGUUCUCCUCUUUAACUAACCUUCCCUUAUGUAAAUUGAAACUUUCUCCAAUUAAAUAUGGCUACCAGCCACGCAGGAAUUUUUGGCCAGCGAGAUUAGCUGCAAGACUCUUAAAACUUCGAUAUCUCAUACUAGGAUCUGCUGUUGGGGGUGGCUAUACAGCCAAAAAGACUUUUGAUCAGUGGAAAGAUAUGAUACCUGACCUUAGUGACUAUAAAUGGAUUGUGCCUGACAUUGUGUGGGAGAUUGAUGAGUAUAUCGAUUUAGAAAAAAUUAGAAAAGCACUUCCUAAUUCAGAGGACCUUGCAAAAUUGGCACCUGACUUUGAUAAGAUUGUCGAAAGCCUCAGCUUAUUGAAGGACUUUUUCACCACAGGUUCACCUGGAGAAACAGCAUUUAGAGCAACAGAUCAUGGAUCUGAAGGUGACAAGCAUUAUAGAAAGGGUCUGCUUGGUGAGCUCAUUCUCUUACAACAGCAAAUUCAAGAGCACGAAGAGGAAGCGCGCAGAGCUGCUGGCCAAUAUAACACGAGCUAUGCCCAACAGAAGCGCAAGGUGACAGACAAAGAGAAAAUUGACCAGCUUCAAGAAGAACUUCUGCAUACUCAGUUAAAGUACCAGAGGAUCUUGGAACGGUUAGAAAAAGAGAACAAAGAAUUAAGAAAAUUAGUACUGCAGAAAGAUGACAAAGGCAUCCAUCACAGAAAACUUAAGAAAUCUUUGAUUGACAUGUAUUCUGAAGUUCUUGAUGUUCUGUCUGAUUAUGAUGCCAGUUAUAAUACACAAGAUCAUCUGCCAAGGGUGGUUGUGGUUGGAGACCAGAGCGCUGGAAAAACUAGCGUGUUGGAAAUGAUUGCCCAAGCGCGGAUAUUCCCUCGAGGAUCUGGGGAAAUGAUGACACGCUCUCCGGUUAAGGUUACUCUGAGUGAAGGUCCUCACCACGUGGCCUUGUUUAAAGAUAGUUCUCGGGAGUUUGACCUUACCAAAGAGGAGGAUCUUGCAGCAUUAAGACAUGAAAUAGAACUCCGAAUGAGGAAAAAUGUGAAAGAAGGCUGUACUGUUAGUCCUGAGACCAUAUCUUUAAAUGUAAAAGGCCCUGGACUGCAGAGGAUGGUGCUUGUUGACUUACCAGGUGUGAUUAAUACUGUGACAUCAGGCAUGGCUCCUGACACAAAGGAAACUAUUUUCAGUAUCAGCAAAGCUUAUAUGCAGAAUCCUAAUGCCAUCAUACUAUGUAUUCAAGAUGGAUCUGUGGAUGCUGAACGCAGCAUUGUUACAGACUUGGUCAGUCAAAUGGAUCCUCAUGGAAGGAGGACAAUAUUUGUUUUGACCAAAGUAGACCUGGCAGAAAAAAAUGUGGCUAGCCCAAGCAGGAUUCAGCAGAUUAUUGAAGGAAAACUCUUCCCAAUGAAAGCCCUGGGUUAUUUUGCUGUUGUAACAGGAAAAGGAAACAGCUCUGAAAGCAUUGAAGCUAUAAGAGAAUAUGAAGAAGAAUUUUUUGAAAAUUCAAAACUCCUAAAGACAAGCAUGCUAAAGGCACACCAAGUGACUACAAGAAAUUUAAGUCUUGCUGUUUCAGACUGCUUUUGGAAAAUGGUACGAGAGUCAGUUGAGCAACAGGCUGAUAGUUUCAAAGCAACACGUUUUAACCUUGAAACUGAGUGGAAGAAUAACUAUCCUCGCCUGCGAGAACUUGACCGGAACGAACUAUUUGAAAAAGCUAAAAAUGAAAUCCUCGAUGAAGUUAUCAGUCUGAGCCAGGUUACACCAAAACAUUGGGAAGAAAUCCUUCAGCAGUCUUUGUGGGAAAGAGUGUCAACUCAUGUGAUUGAAAACAUCUAUCUUCCAGCUGCACAGACCAUGAAUUCAGGGACUUUUAAUACGACAGUGGAUAUCAAGCUUAAACAGUGGACUGAUAAACAGCUUCCUAAUAAAGCAGUAGAGGUUGCUUGGGAGACCCUACAAGAAGAAUUUUCGCGCUUUAUGACAGAACCAAAAGGGAAAGAGCAUGAUGACAUAUUUGAUAAACUUAAAGAGGCUGUUAAGGAAGAAAGUAUUAAACGCCACAAGUGGAAUGAUUUUGCGGAGGACAGCUUGAGGGUUAUUCAACACAAUGCUUUAGAAGACCGUUCCAUAUCUGAUAAACAGCAGUGGGAUGCAGCUAUUUAUUUUAUGGAAGAAGCUCUUCAAGCUCGUCUCAAGGAUACUGAAAACGCAAUUGAAAACAUGAUAGGUCCAGAUUGGAAAAAGAGGUGGUUAUAUUGGAAGAACCGGACCCAAGAACAGUUUGUCCACAAUGAAACCAAGAACGAAUUGGAGAAGAUGUUGAAGUGCACUGAAGAGCACCCAGCCUAUCUCGCGAGCGACGAGAUAACUACGGUCCGAAAGAACCUUGAAUCCCGAGGAGUAGAAGUGGACCCAAGCUUGAUUAAGGAUACUUGGCACCAAGUUUAUAGAAGACACUUCUUAAAAACAGCUCUAAACCAUUGUAACCUUUGUCGAAGAGGCUUUUACUACUACCAAAGACAUUUUGUAGAUUCUGAGUUGGAAUGCAAUGAUGUCGUCCUGUUUUGGCGAAUACAGCGCAUGCUUGCUAUCACUGCAAAUACUUUAAGGCAGCAACUUACAAACACUGAAGUCAGGCGAUUAGAGAAAAAUGUGAAAGAGGUAUUGGAAGAUUUUGCUGAAGACAGCGAGAAGAAGGUACAACUACUCACCGGCAAACGAGUUCAGCUGGCUGAAGACCUCAAGAAAGUUAGAGAAAUUCAAGAAAAACUUGAUGCUUUUAUUGAAGCUCUUCAUCAGGAGAAAUAAAUGGUAAUAAAAUCCUACUCAUAAUAUAAUCACCUCUGCAUACAUGUGAAGAAAGAAAACUCCAGAGUCUCUUGUCCUGCCUUUUCUCCUUCUGCUAUUCCACCUUUCUAAACAUAAAAUAAAGUCAUGGGAUAAAAAUAAUUUAUGCGUGUUCGAGGCACUUUAACCAUCAGCUGCCUUUUGAAUGCAAGAACAGUGGAAAUGGCAUUAAAAUCCUAUUUUAUUGUAUUGAAGUGACAAAUUAAAAUAAAACAAGUGGUGUGGCCGUUAGAUUCAGUCCUUGAAGAUAAGAAUCUCGCUCUCCUGCUUGUCUCAUUUGUGGUGGCACGCAUUCAACUAAUUCAUUAGCUGAUGAUACUCAGUGUCAGUUUUUUUCUGGGGAAAAAGUGCUAGAUAUUGUGAAAAGCUAUCAGUUGUAUAUAAGAUGAUGGUAACCCGCUAAGUUGUUGUCUGUAUCUGUAAUGUUCUAUAUGCAGUAACUAUCUGAUUAUGAAAAUUGAGUUUACAUUUAUCAUGUGAAAGAGGACUAGCUAACAGAAGGGUGCCUCAAACAGGUGAAUCUGGAUUACAACAAUCCAGGUACAUCCAGUGAAAGAGGUCUUACCCUUCAUUGCCAGCUGAGAGGGCUGCCUUAGAAGCAAAGUCAGCAGCAGCUUCCCUGUUUGCUUCCGUUGAUGAUUUUGUCCUUUCUGUACCCAUUUGAAAUUCAUUUACUUUGUAUAGGUAAGCCGGGUUUUCUGUUAACCGUGGGUUUUUUGAACCUGUUGACAGAGCUACUGGGUUGUGACACAGGGUAAGGAAGAUAAAGAAUAAUCAGUUGACUAAUUUCAUUGAGACUGUUGUCAAGCACUUCAGGUGGGCUUCAGGAAAAGGCCUUCUGUCAUAAGACUAUUUUAAAUAGAAAUUACUUCAACAGAAUAAUGUUGACCAUCUCCCUCUUAGCUGAACGUGUAAAGAAAAACAUAAAAUUUGAUUCACUGCAGUUCAGUUAUUGUACCUUCACAGCAUUUUCAUGUGUUUCAUACAAAUACUUCUUUAUUGGCUGACAGACU